CAUGCUUAGGCUUAUAAAGUUUGAUUCGUUGUAAAUAAAAAUACAAACCGGAAAUAAGGUAGCGAUAGCCAAGAUCCAUAACUUCCUUUUUACAUGGGGUAUUGAACAACCCUGUUGUACGGCAAUAUGAAGCUCAAUAUAAGCUAUCCAGCUACAGGAUGCCAGAAAUUGGUUGAGGUGGAUGAUGAAAGGAAGCUUCGACCCUUCUAUGACAAGCGUAUUGCUGCUGAAGUAGCAGCUGAUAGUUUAGGGGAUGAAUGGAAGGGGUACGUGGUCAGAAUUAGUGGUGGAAAUGACAAGCAAGGUUUCCCUAUGAAACAAGGUGUCCUUACUACUGGACGUGUCCGAUUGCUUUUGAGUAAAGGCCAUUCUUGCUAUCGCCCAAGAAGAACAGGAGAGCGUAAGCGCAAGUCUGUUAGAGGUUGUAUUGUAGAUGGCAAUCUCAGUGUGCUUGCUCUUGUGAUUAUCAAGAAAGGUGAACAAGACAUACCGGGCCUUACAGAUAAAACUAUUCCUCGUCGUCUUGGUCCCAAAAGAGCCAGUAAAAUUAGGAAGUUGUUUAAUCUGGCCAAAGAGGAUGAUGUUAGACAAUAUGUUGUUAGAAGACCAUUGCCUGAAAAAGAAGGGAAAAAAGCCAAAAGCAAGGCACCUAAAAUUCAACGAUUGGUCACACCCGUUGUUCUUCAGCGCAAACGCUUCAAACUUGCUAUUAAAAAGAAGGCACUUUUGAGGAAGAGGGAAGAGCAGGCUGAAUACACCAAACUUUUGGCUCAGCGUAUGAAGGAAGCUAAAGAACGUAAAGCAGAGAGAAAGAGGUCAAACUCCAGAAGUAAAGGGUCUGAGAGUAUCAGAGAAUCUGUUUCUAAGAGCACUGCUCCAGCAGCCCCUACCAAAUCAAGUUAAACUAUUGUGCUAUUGUUUUAGUGAUAAAUAAACUUAUGAGCUGA